CUGUCUAUCUAUCUAUCUAUCUAUCUAUCUAUCUAUCUAUCUAUCUAUCUAUCUAUGUGUGUGUGUGUGUGUGUGUGUGUGUGUCCAGUGUGUUGAUAUGUCAGGCAGAAGAACCCAUCAGCAGGGUUUGACCCACCUGUAUCUGGAUUAGUGUGUUAAACUCCUCCCUCUCUACUCAGUAGUUAAAUAGGCCUGAAGCUUCAGUGUCAGCACUGCUCUCUCUACAUCUUUCUAUUUCUGUUUCUCUCUGUACUUCUAAUUUUUUUUAUUUUACAUUAUCCUCCACCUCUCAUUUUGUGAAUCCUGGUCUAAUUUUGUAUAUCCUGACUGAAUUUACAAGAUGGAGUUGCAGGACUUUUGUUUAAGCAACAACUUCCAGUUUCUUCAUCAACAGAACAGUCUCUUGGAACCCUCAUCCUCUGAUGACCCGCCUUCUCCACAAGAGCCAAGCAUUAAAUCAGAAUCCCCAAAUUUAACACCGUUCAGCCUGAGCUGCACAUCAGACAGCAGUGGUUAUAGUGUCUUUUCCCAAUCUCUCGAUGCUGCACACUUCACUGCUAAACACAAUGAAGAGCUACAACUACAGUCUCAGACAGGCUCCAUCCUAAACCGAGACUAUGUCCCUUCAUUUAGCCAUGGGCCCAAGCGUCUAUGUCUGGUGUGUGGAGACUUUGCAUCCGGAUACCAUUAUGGUGUGGCAUCCUGCGAAGCCUGCAAGGCCUUUUUUAAGAGAACCAUUCAAGGGAACAUUGAGUACAGCUGUCCGGUGGUGAACGAGUGUGAGAUAACAAAGAGACGGAGGAAAUCAUGUCAGGCCUGUCGCUUUCAGAAAUGCCUGAGGGCAGGAAUGAUGCGUGAAGGUGUACGUAUGGAUCGUGUAAGAGGAGGCAGGCAAAAGUAUAAACGACGAGCAGAUUCAGGCCUGUCUGUCUUCAUACAACCUCCGUACACACAUCCGGUUAAAAGCAUCCGUAAUAAGGUGAUUUCUCAGUUGUUGGCCUCUGAACCAGCUCCACUAAGAGCCUCUCCUGACCCAGUGACCCCAGACAGUGACCUCAAAACCUUGAUGACCUUAUGUGACCUUUUAAACAGAGAACUGCUGGUCAUGAUCAACUGGGCAAAACACAUACCAGGGUUCUCGACGCUCUCGUUGACGGAUCAGAUGGCGCUGCUGCACAGUGGGUGGAUGGAAGCUCUGCUGCUCUGUGUGGUGUGGCGUUCACUGGCGUCAAGUCAAGAACUGCAAUUUGCUGAAAAUCUUCAUCUGAACGAGCCUCAGUGCAAAAAUGCUGGCCUUCUGGAACUUUACACACCACUGAGACUCCUCAUCGAUAAAUACCAACAACUCAACAUCAGCCAUGAGGAGGCUGUAACACUCCGAGCCAUGGCACUCGCCAACUCAGAUGCAGAGCACGUGGAGAGUGGUGACAGUGUGCUGCGUUUUCAGGACGGUCUUCAUGAGGCGCUGCAGGACUAUGAGGUGAAUGAGCGUGUAGCUGAGCCGCACCGUGCAGGCAGACUGCUGAUGACGCUGCCACUGCUCAGACAGAGCGCACACAGAGCCGUGCAGUGUUUUCGGCGCCUGCACGUGCAACACCAUGUGCCCAUGCACAAGCUUUUUCUGGAGAUGCUGGACACCAAGAUUUAGAAAGAUAGAACAUGAUAGAUAAGCUAAAAGUUGGUUGACAGUGUUGGUGUAUUUUAGGAUUUUAGGAUUUUGGUCAUGCUGAGCUCUGGAGGGGAAGAGAGAGAUAAUGCUGGUACUUAAUAUAAAAAUAAUAGUAACAAAUGAAAGCACUGCAUGGAAAGGAGACAUGUGUCAGGGUUUCAAGAUUUCCUUGUAUCACUACAUCAUGAAUUUACUUCGUAUUAGGCUUUCUCAUCAACUUUUAACAGUGUUUAGGCCAUGAAGGACCAGCAAUAAUUUUUUUAAAAAUAUUUCCCUGCGCUCAGUAAUAUGCACCAUAAUAUUUGAUACACUAUUUCUCAGUUUUAUACAUUUAUAUUUUUAUUGCAAAUGAAAUGAAACAGAAAAAGAAAAAAACAUUGGAAAUCUUGAAAAGGUCAAGUCAUGUAAACUCGAAAAUUGAAUAAUGUGUGAAUUAUUCAAUUAUUAUUAUUAUUAUUAUUAUUAUUAUUAUUAUUAUUAUUAUUAUUAUUAUUAUUGAAUUAUCCAAUUAUUACUCAAUUAUUCAUGUGAAGGGCUACAACUCAUUCCCAUUCCCAUUGCAUUUUACUAACAUGAAGGACUUUUCCUAAGUUUUUAUAUAUCACUUCAUCAAAAACAGGUUUUAGAAUUAGAUCAAUUCUAAAGAUAAUUUAUUUUUCCAUUAAACCUGUUAAAAAUAAUGUUAGGUUUAUUAUUUUGUUUCUAAAUGACAUAAAGCCAUGGCACUGUCAUUUACUGUAAAUUACCA